GUAUUUGCUAGUCCGAAUCGGAACAAUGGCGGAUGCAGUGGCGAUGGACUAACGGAUUAGAAGAAUUCUCCUAGCUCUGAGAGAAUCCCUAAUCAGAACAAAGCACUGUGCACUUGAAAUGGAAUUUUCCUGGGGAAGUGGCCAGGAAUCCCAGCGCUUGCUUCUUUCUUUUCUGCUUCUUGCAAUCUGGGAGGCAGGGAACAGCCAGAUCCACUACUCCAUCCCUGAGGAGGCCAAACACGGCACCUUCGUGGGCCGCAUCGCGCAGGACCUGGGGCUGGAGCUGACGGAGCUGGUGCCCCGCCUGUUCAGAGUGGCGUCCAAGGACCGCGGAGACCUUCUGGAGGUAAAUCUGCAGAAUGGCAUUUUGUUUGUGAAUUCUCGGAUCGACCGGGAGGAGCUGUGCGGGCGGAGCGCGGAGUGCAGCAUCCACCUGGAGGUGAUCGUGGACAGGCCGUUGCAGGUUUUCCACGUGGAGGUGGAGGUGAGGGACAUUAACGACAACCCUCCCAGGUUCCCAACAACACAAAAGAAUCUGUUCAUUGCAGAAUCAAGGCCACUUGACACUUGGUUUCCACUAGAGGGCGCUUCAGACGCAGAUAUCGGAAUCAAUGCUGUACUGACUUACAGACUGAGUCCAAAUGAUUACUUUUCUUUGGAAAAACCAUCCAACGACGAACGGGUAAAAGGUCUUGGACUUGUAUUACGGAAAUCUUUAGACCGGGAGGAAACUCCAGAGAUAAUUUUAGUGCUUACUGUCACGGACGGAGGAAAGCCAGAGCUGACCGGCAGUGUUCAGUUACUCAUCACUGUGCUGGAUGCCAAUGAUAAUGCUCCAGUUUUUGACAGAUCUCUGUAUACCGUGAAAUUACCAGAAAACGUUCCAAAUGGGACAUUGGUAGUCAAAGUCAAUGCCUCAGAUUUAGACGAAGGGGUAAAUGGGGAUAUUAUGUACUCAUUUUCUACAGAUAUUUCACCAAAUGUGAAAUACAAAUUCCACAUAGACCCUGUUAGCGGAGAGAUUAUUGUAAAGGGAUACAUUGAUUUUGAAGAAUGCAAAUCCUAUGAAAUUCUCAUAGAGGGAAUUGACAAGGGACAACUUCCACUCUCUGGGCACUGUAAAGUCAUUGUACAAGUUGAAGACAUCAACGAUAAUGUUCCAGAAUUGGAAUUCAAAUCUCUAUCACUUCCAAUACGAGAGAAUUCUCCAGUGGGCACUGUCAUCGCACUCAUUAGUGUGUCUGAUCGGGACACGGGUGUCAACGGGCAGGUGACCUGCUCCCUGACAAGUCAUGUCCCCUUCAAGUUGGUGUCCACAUUCAAGAAUUACUAUUCGCUCGUGCUGGACAGCGCCCUGGACAGAGAGACAACAGCGGACUAUAAGGUGGUGGUGACAGCGCGGGAUGGGGGCUCUCCCUCGCUGUGGGCCACGGCUAGCGUGUCUGUUGAGGUUGCUGACGUGAACGACAAUGCACCUGUGUUCGCGCAGCCCGAAUACACGGUGUUCGUGAAGGAGAACAACCCGCCUGGUGCGCACAUCUUCACGGUGUCAGCGAUGGAUGCGGACGCACAGGAGAACGCGCUGGUGUCCUACUCGCUGGUGGAGCGGAGGGUGGGCGAGCGCUUGCUGUCGAGCUAUGUGUCUGUGCACGCGGAGAGCGGCAAGGUGUUCGCGCUGCAGCCUCUGGACCAUGAGGAGCUGGAGCUGCUGCGGUUCCAGGUGAGCGCGCGGGAUGCUGGUGUACCUGCCCUGGGCAGCAAUGUGACUCUGCAGGUGUUUGUGCUGGACGAGAAUGACAACGCGCCCACACUGCUGGAACCUGAGGCAGGAGUCUCUGGUGGAAUCGUGAGCCGGUUGGUGUCCAGAUCAGUGGGUGCAGGCCAUGUGGUGGCUAAGGUGCGCGCGGUGGAUGCAGACUCUGGCUAUAAUGCAUGGCUCUCUUAUGAGCUGCAAUCGUCAGAAGGCAAUUCCCGUAGCCUUUUCCGCGUAGGUUUGUAUACGGGCGAGAUUAGUACUACGCGCAUACUGGAUGAAGCAGAUUCGCCACGUCAGCGCCUUCUGGUGCUGGUGAAGGACCAUGGUGACCCAGCAAUGAUUGUUACCGCCACAGUGUUGGUGUCUCUGGUAGAGAAUGGCCCGGUACCAAAGGCUCCAUCGCGAGUAUCCACGAGUGUCACACACUCUGAGGCGUCACUGGUGGAUGUCAACGUGUACCUGAUCAUUGCCAUCUGUGCAGUGUCCAGCCUGCUAGUGCUCACGCUGCUGCUGUACACAGCGCUGCGCUGUUCCACUGUCCCCAGUGAGAGCGUGUGCGGGCCUCCAAAACCGGUAAUGGUGUGCUCCAGUGCAGUGGGGAGCUGGUCAUACUCCCAACAAAGGAGGCAAAGGGUGUGCUCUGGGGAGUACCCACCUAAGACCGACCUCAUGGCCUUCAGCCCCAGUUUAUCUGAUUCAAGGGACAGAGAGGAUCAAUUGCAGUCUGCAGAGGAUUCCUCUGGAAAGCAAGCCCCGCCCAACACUGACUGGCGUUUCUCUCAAGCCCAGAGACCCGGCACGAGCGGAUCCCAAAAUGGUGAUGAAACUGGCACCUGGCCCAACAACCAGUUUGAUACAGAGAUGCUGCAAGCCAUGAUCUUGGCCUCUGCCAGCGAAGCUGCUGAUGGGAGCUCUACCCUGGGAGGGGGCGCUGGCACCAUGGGUCUGAGCGCUCGAUACGGACCCCAGUUUACCCUGCAGCACGUGCCUGACUACCGCCAGAACGUGUACAUCCCUGGCAGCAAUGCCACGCUGACCAAUGCCGCUGGCAAACGAGAUGGCAAGGCUCCAGCAGGUGGUAAUGGCAACAAGAAGAAAUCGGGCAAGAAAGAGAAGAAGUAAUAUGGAGGCCAGGCCUUGAACCACAAGGCAGCCUCCCUCCCCAGCCAGUCCAGCUCGUCCUUACUUGUACCCAGGCCUCAGAAUUUCAGGGCUCACCCCAGGAUACUGGUAGGAGCCAGGGCCAUGCUCCCCGUUGGGAAACAGAAACACGUGCCCAAGCCAACACCCCCUCUCUAUACCCUAGGGAGUUGAAUAUGCAAAGAGAGUUCUGCUGGGACCCCCCUAUUCAAUCAGUGAUUGUACCCACAUGGGUAGCAGGGUUUGUGUGUGUGGACAUACACACACACACACACACACACACACACAAACCAUGCCACACUCCCUUAGUUACAGCUGAACUCCUCCAUCUUCCAACCCAGGCAGGCUUAUCCAUCUCCUGCCGCCCUCUCCCCACCCCACCCACUCCUUCAGUCCCUCUCUUUGAGCAAGGUAGCUGGGCUGUUGGGGUGACCGGUGAGCUAAGCCGGCUCCUAGUUCUGAACGGUAGGGAGAGUAUUACAAUCUUUUGGCCUCUCCUUCAGUUCAGCUUUCCCCCAAAGCAUGGUUUGGUACCAGUCUUCUCUUUUCCUUCCAGAGCCUGAGACCAAUGCUUAAGUUUUGGGGGAACAGGCACCCUCCCUCUGGUACUGAUGAUGCUUGCUGGAUUUUGGGAAGGCAUUUUGCUACUAAGCCUCUUUUCAAUGCCUGGGGACAACUAGUCUUUUGUUUUUCAUUGUUUGAUGUUCCCACUGCAUGCUGUGACUUCCCUACACCUCAAAGAAGAGACUCCUUUGCAUGUCUGGAGACAGUAGGGGGUGGUAAACUAAAGGGAAGUUGAGAGUGUAUACUGCUGGGAGUGGGGCAGUGGACAAAACAGCCUGUUAAUAGGGUCUUGCAAGGGGCUCUGUAUGUACCCAGGGGACUGGCUCAAUCCUCACAUUCUAGCCAUAGACAAACACCAGGCCAGACCCCUCCAUUCUGGUUCAGCCUGGGCAGCUUGGGCUGAGCCACCAGGACCAAUGGAUUUAAGCUGACAUUUCAGUCCAAGACGACGACUUCUAAGUGAGUUUAAGACCAGAGAGGAAAGAGGGGCCUCUGUGGGUGCUGGGUACUCCAGAGGUGCCCUUGGUGGGAGGACCAGUGGUCUUAGCAGGAAGGGGGGCCCAGCAAGGUCAUUCUUGGACCCUGGGUCUAGUCCAGUAGCUAGAAAAAGGGACCAAGUGGCCAUAAAGUCCCAGCCAAUGAUGGGGCUUUUCCAGUGGGCCCCUGUAGACCUCAAGCCCCUGGCCUCCACCUUACCAGGUGCCAUUUCUUCUCAGAAGGCCACUGCCCAGGCCCCCAGGCCGCCCCCUUGUGGCCAGAGAACGGUUAAAGCCCCCCAGUGCCUCCUUGUGCAUAGAACUUCCUCUGCCCUAGCCCUUACAGUAGUGUAGAAGAUCCCCCUCCCCCGCUGGUGUAGAAUAGCCAAUAGUAUAGUGUGGUGUGCUUUUACGUGAUGGCGAGUGGGCAGCGGGCGGUGGGCUGUACACAGCCGUCUGUCCUUUGAAUCUCAAUCUGCCUGCGCGGCCCGUGCUGUGUUUUGUGCUGUGUCCACACGCUGCGGCGACCCCUCCCUGUACUGACUUCUCUAUAAAAAGCUUCUCUUCGCAUAGUCACGUAGCUCCUGCCCAUCCCCCUUCCGAUAUCUCUCGCAAGUUUUAUACUCUAAUAUUUAUAUGGCUUUUUUCUUCGAAAAUUAAAAAUAAAAAAAUGGUUUCUUCUGAAA